AGCAUUGCAGCUGGACCUGUUUUCCUCGCUAGCUCUACCUCGUGCUGUCUACAAGUGACUCAAACCUUCACUAGUCCUGAUUACAGGUUGAGGAUGAGAACCUUGUUGUUGUUGUGGCUGCUGGUGUAUAGGUCCUGUGCUCUGGAGAUAUUGUUCGACUUCAUCCAUGUGUCAGGAAUGGGGUUUCAUAGUACCACCGAGACCAACGCGUCAGUCACCACCAAAUCCCUUUGCAGCUGCAGACAGCAGUGCUUCUCGCAGUCAUUCUGUAACGCCUGGACUGCCAGUAAGGUUAACGCUCAUUACGAGUGUCACUUCAGUAUUCACGGACCCCAGCCUCCAACUUCACCUUCUCCCCAACCUGGUGCGGUGUACAGCUACAAGAUUACUGGCCUGAGUGGGCUGAUUGACGUGCAUGAAGGGACGGAUGGUGAUAUGUACUUUGUACCUGAUAAAGAGUUAAAUUUUAGUACAGCCAUCAACUACUGCCAAAAUAUACCCGGGUUUCAACUUGCCCUUUUGAAGACAAGGGAGCAGAUUGAGAUUGCCAACACAAUUUCAUUACAAAUACAAGAUUCGUUUCACAUCCACCUGACGCAUAAAGACCCAAGUACCCAGAUAUGGGGCGAUGGUACCGAACUUACUGAGGACCUGAAAGACUUGGUGAAGAUUCCUUG